CGUUGCUGUGCUCGUGAAUCUCCCAGAGGACUACAUUUCCCGAGAUGCUUUGCGGGUUCUGACAGAUGGGGACAGUAUGACGGCUCCGGGUUCUGCGGGUGUCUUCACAGCAUUUUGAUCUGUCAAGAUUUGUUGUCUGCAAUCACCUGGGCUACAAUAUGGCGGACACGAAACCCCUUCACCAAACAAGAUUUGAGGCAGCUGUGAGUGUGAUCCAGAGUCUGCCCAAGAAUGGCUCUUUCCAACCAUCCAAUGAAAUGAUGCUGAAGUUCUACAGUUUUUACAAGCAAGCAACGCAAGGACCGUGCAAUAUACAGAGACCCGGAUUCUGGGAUCCUGUUGGUCGUUACAAAUGGGAUGCCUGGAACUCGCUGGGCGACAUGUCCAAGGAAGACGCCAUGAUUGCUUAUGUUGAUGAAAUGAAAAAGAUCCUUGAGACAAUGCCAGUGACGGAGAAAGUGGAAGAAUUACUGCAUGUCAUAGGUCCAUUUUAUGAAAUAGUGGAAGACAAAAAACAUGGGCGAGGAUCUGGUGUAACUUCAGUCCGACUGGACAGAGUUACUAAGUCUUUAGAAGACCUCAGCUCUGUCCUGACUUCCACCCCAAAUUGUAAGGCUGUGAAUGGCAAAGCAGAGAGCAGCGACAGCGGAGCGGAAUCGGAGGAAGAGGAGGCUGGAAGAAAGGAGGAGGAAGAUGAGGAAGAUGAGACGGAGUUAAGCGAGCAAGAGGAAAAAGCAGUGAAGGAAGAUGAAAGCCAUGAGCCGUGCCCGGGCGCUAAAGUUGCUAAUGGUUUGCAUGUAAAUCACAGUGAUUACAUUUCAGACAUUCCCAAUCAUGUACCUAACAAGUCAGAUCUCAAUGACACCACAAAUGAGGUCAAUGAAAAGCCAAAGACUGCACAGGAUGAUGAUGAUGAUGAUGUGAAGGACGUGGAGGCCAUCAAAGGAGACGAUUGCACAGAGGACAUUGCUGCAGUGCAGCAUUUGACCAGUGACUCGGACUCGGAGAUAUUCUGCGAUUCUAUGGAGCAGUUUGGACAGGACGACGUUGAUCACAGUCAGCUGGUAGAGCGCGCUCUGAUCACCGAGCCCUUGGCCGAUGUGAGUGUUGGCGGAGAAGCAAAAGAAGGUGGAGAAGACGGGAAGGCCUCUGGACGUACUCCCCAAAAAGAGAAGUCUGGGAAUGAGAAGGCUGAGUACUUUCCGUCUAGAAGAGGAAGAGCCAAUCGCAUGCAUCCUGUGGGUGAUGGAUCCUGCAGGGGUCAGAUGGGAAGCGGCGGGGAUGGUGAGAGAUGGGGAUCGGAUAGAGGGCCAGAGGGCAGCAUUAAUGAGCAGAUCGCUGUGGUGCUAAUGCGGUUACAAGAAGAUAUGCAGAACGUGCUGCAGAGGCUGCAAACCCUGGAGGCCCUUACUGCUUCUCAGGCAAGAUCAAUGCUUCUGGAAUCCAAUCUUCAUCAGUCGGCUAACAAGAAACCAUCUUGGUGGCCCUUUGAGAUUUCAUCAGGCACACUGGUGUUUGCAGUCAUCUGGCCAUUUAUUGCCCAUUGGUUAAUACAUCUGUACCUACAAAGAAAACGGAGGAAGCCCACUUGAACAUUCAGUCAGAAGCGACUCUGGUUCAGAAGAGCUACUCGGGACGUCCUCUAAUUGUCCCACUGGAGAUGGCAGUGGCCGGGAGUUCCUCCUCUUUUUUUGCUCUAGUAAAUUACUUGCACUACAUGAAUGAUACCAGAAUAAGGACUAAUUUUACUAAGGCUUGAAUACGAGAAAUAUAUACUAAGCUGGCAGUAGUAUUAAUGUCUUCUUUUAUCACAUCUGAAUUCAGUUGAAAACUAAAUUAUUUUUAAACUUCUCAAAAGCAUGUUGUAGAUAAAGUAUAUACGGUACUUCUGAGGGUACAGGGUAGGCAGGCAAAAAUCAUGAUUUACAUGAAAUUGGACUGUGAUGGAUAAUGUGAAAUUUGGAUUUCUCUCCUGUAAUAUUUACUUUAGUAAUAAAAUCUAUAUAAAACGUG